AUGACCGUGAUAAACCACAAUUCCUUCCCCCACAUCAUCGACUGCAUCUGGCAGAACCUCGACUAUGAGGGUCAACUCUUUGCUCGCGCAGUCUGCAGGCAGUGGCGAGACCGAGCCGACUCGCGGCUUCGUUAUAUCAGCUUCCAUUUCCAACAAACCAAGACUAGACGGCGCUGUGAGACAGUGUACAGCCGCGAUCUCGCGACUCCUUUCGCUCCAGCUGUCCGCCUCCACAACCUCGAACACUGGCUUCCCGCCCAGGGCCUGAUGCGGAAAACGGCCAGAGAGUCGGUUCGUCGGAGGACGGCUCCUAUUGAAUCCCGCCCACCGUCAAGAGCGGACAUAAUCAACUACCAGCUGGCGACCGCCAUCAUGCGGACCGCAAGGGUGAUCGACUUUGUCGGGUUCUGGGACAGGUACGCAAUGUGUCUUCCCAGUGGUGUAUUCUUGGACCAGCGGUACUCCCCUCCCUUCGACCAGUGCAUCAUCCGUUGGUUUGAGGGAAGCAUCUCUCCGAGGGCUCCGGAGACUUUCGUCGAUGAGGAAGCCUCCUUUUCCGCGGACGUAGUCAUGCUCGAGCUACGCUCAGAUUGGGCUGUGCAGACGCUCUUCGCACCGGCUUUCCGGAACCGGCGGAAGAAGGUCAUCAUCAACUACGCCUGUUAUACGAACCCCACAACCCUCUCGCUCGAUUACAGUGUUAUCGGUUAUGAGGUGCUGUACGUCAGUGACGUCCCAGUCGUGGUCGUCCUGCACAACAGAAUCGACGCGUCGACCGACAGCGACCACGAGACCCUGCAGACAAGACUCAUUCGCGAGUAUUCCAACCUCGUGCACAUCGGCUGUACGAUUGAUAUCGUUGGUCUCGAAGAGUUCCUCCCUCCGGGCACCCUAGCUCCCUACGUCAAGCUAGUCAAGGAGGAGAUCAUGAAGGGUCGUUUCAUGUACGAAAUCGAAGAUGAGGAAGACUGGCAGUACGACGAGGACUUGAAGUACUGGUGGACGCCGGAGGUGGAGAACUUGGACCGUCUGCGCUUCUGGACGCACGCUGAAUACCGUGAGCACGUUGGCGAUGAGAUGUAUCGCAUCCAUACUGUUAGGUAG